AUGGACGUCAGAGCGGUCUUAGAGAACACCUUCUCUCCCGAUGCCACGAUCCGUGGUGGUGCGGAAGAACAACUCAGACAAGCCCGCGAGGGAAAUUUUUCCGAAUAUCUUUCGAUCCUCUCAAGAGAACUUGCCAAUGAUCAAGCCAGCCCUGCCGUCCGACAAGCCGCCGGCCUCGCCCUGAAGAACGCCUUCACCUAUCGUGACGUGACCAGAUUAAGAGAGGUACAGGCAAGAUGGUUGCAAGGGGUCGACCCUCAAAUCAAGGCUCAGGUCAAGGAGCUGGCCGUCAAAACCCUCACUUCGACACCUCAAGCCGCCAAUUCGGCUGCCCAGCUGAUUGCGACCAUUGCCGCAAUUGAACUCCCACGCAACGAGUGGCCUGACUUGUUGCCUGCGCUCGUCCACAAUGUCGGCGCCGGUGAUGACAAACUCAAGCAAUCCAGUCUCACCACCAUUGGUUUCAUCUGUGAAUCGGACGAUGUCGAGCUUAGAGAGUCUCUGGUUGGAUAUUCCAACGCGAUAUUGACCGCUGUUGUGCAAGGUGCGCGGAAAGAAGAGGAGAACCAGGAUGUCCGACUCUCGGCCCUGUCGGCACUCAGUGAUGCUACCGAGUUCAUUCGCAGCAAUUUCGAGAACGAAGGCGAGAGGAACUACAUCAUGCAAGUCGUGUGCGAGGCCACACAAUGCCCCGACACUCGGGUGCAAGCCGCUGCCUUUGGUUGCCUGAACCGCAUUAUGGGUAUCUACUAUGAUAAGAUGAGAUUUUAUAUGGAAAAGGCCCUAUUCGGUCUGACCAUUGGUGGUAUGAAGAACGACGAGGAGGACGUGGCCAAAUUGGCCAUCGAAUUCUGGUGCACUGUGUGUGAAGAGGAAAUCAGCAUCGAAGAUGAUAAUCAACAAGCGCAACAAGAAGGGUCAACCGAGCUGCGACCCUACUUCAACUUUGCCAGAGUUGCGGCACGUGAGGUGGUCCCAGUCCUGCUUCAGUUGAUGACCAAGGUCUCCGAGGAUGAUGCCGACGAUGAAUACAACGUCGCUCGCGCCGCAUAUCAAUGUCUCCAGCUCUACGCACAGACAAUAGGUGGCGACCUGGUGCCCGUGGUUCUUCAGUUUGUCGAGGCGAAUCUACGCAGCGAGGACUGGACCAAGAGAGAUGCCGCAGUUUCGUCGUUUGGCGCCAUCAUGGACGGUCCUGACAUCAAGACCCUCGAUCCUCUUGUCAAACAAGCCCUUCCGGUUUUGAUCGGAAUGAUGCAGGAUCCGGUCGUCCAAGUGCAAGACUCUGCGGCCUUUGCUCUGAGCAGGAUCUGCGACUAUUGCUCCGACUGUAUCGAUCCGUCUACACAUUUGCAACCGCUGAUGUCCGCCCUUUUUGCUGGCCUCAUGAGCAAUCCCAAAAUUGCCGCGUCCUGCUGCUUGGCUCUCCUCAAUCUGACGGAGCGAUUUGUCGGCGAGGACGGCGCAUCGACAAACCCGCUGACGCCGCACUUCCAAGAUAGUGUGACUUCCCUGCUUGCGGUCACCGAGAAAGAAGGAGGCAACAAUCAACUUCGCACGGCGGCAUACGAAGUGCUUGGUGGCUUCGUCACCAACGCCGCCCACGACAGCUUGCAGAUCGUUGCAGAACUGUCCAACGUCAUUAUCCAGCGUCUACAGAGUACCAUUCCCAUGCAGAAGCAGAUUGUCAGUAUUGACGACAAGAUCACGCUAGAGGAACUGCAAGUCAGCCUGAGCAGCGUUCUGCUUGCCAUUGUCCAGAGACUCGAACAGAACAUCGGACCCCAGGCUGAUCGGAUCAUGCAAAUUAGUCUGGAGCUCCUCAACGCCACUGGCAACACGAGCGUCCCCGAGGUCAUUUUCCAGAUUGUCAGUGGGUUGGCGAAUGCAUUGGCAGGCGACUUUCUCAAGUAUAUGGACUCGUUCGUUCCAUAUCUCUACAACGCUCUGGGCAAUCAGGAUGCUCCGGACAUGUGCUCCUUGGCUAUUGGGCUCGUCAGCGACGUUGUCCGUGCUUUGGAGGACAAGGCACGGCCGUACUGCGAUACGUUUAUGAACUAUCUGCUCAAUGAUCUUCGGUCCGACAAACUUUCCAACGCGCUGAAACCUCCAAUCUUGGAGACCUUUGGCGAUAUCGCCACUAGCAUCGGGGUCCAUUUCGAAACCUAUGUCACUGUGGUCGCCGGCGUCCUCCAGCAAGCAAACAAUGUGUCCGUUGCGAACGAUGUCUCAUUCGAUAUGCUGGACUACAUCGUGUCUCUUCGAUCCGGUAUUGCAGAUGCAUGGUCUGGCCUGAUUCUGGCCUUCAAGGGUACUGAGAAAGCGCCUCUCCUCCAAAACUAUGUGCAACCUAUCUUCGAAUUUCUGCAGACGGUUUCCCAGGAUAUGAAUCAUAACGAAGGUCUACUCAGAGCUUGCAUGGGUAUUAUCGCUGAUCUCAGUGAGACCUUCCCAGACGGAUCACUUUCAGAUUAUUAUCGACAAGAAUGGAUUACCAAGAUCAUUAAAGAAACUCGAACGGCGCGCGACUUCUCGCCGCGGACAAUCAACGCAGCACGUUGGGCAAGAGAACAAGUCAAACGACAGACUCAACAUCAAGGUACCAUCAUGAAUGCCUCAUGA